AUGGAUUUGGUGGUGAGGGAUACGAGGGAGAGGGAUACGAGGGAGAGGGAUACGAGGGAGAGGGAUACGAGGGAGAGGGAUACGAGGGAGAGGGAUACGAGGGAGAGGGAUACGAGGGAGAGGGAUACGAGGGAGAGGGAUACGAGGGAGAGGGAUACGAGGGAGAGGGAUACGAGGGAGAGGGAUACGAGGGAGAGGGAUACGAGGGAGAAUGCUAUAGCGAAGCGGGAGCGUGAGGACUUAUAUCGAGCGAUAUCGUAUUAA